UCCGACGUUAGCACUUAAUCCAUGCUGUUUUAUAUAGCUGUUUAUUAACAUUUCUUAUGUACAGGUCUGUCCCCUCAACAAAGCUGUGAAGUACUUGUACCGUUAGCUGUCGCUAUGUAACAAAUCGCCUCAAAACUCCGUGGCUUAACAUAACAUUUAUCAUAGCUCCCAUGUGUGGGUAGCUGGGGCUGGGUUGAUCUUGGCUGAGCUCCACUGAACUCUUUCAUAUCUCUGUGGGUCAGAGGCAGGUGGGGGCUCUCACUUGGGCUUGGCUGGAGUGGGUUAGAUGAGGAAGCUCUGUCCCACAGCGCUCAUCCUUCUGUAGAGAGCUGCGGGCUAGCCCAGGCAUGUCAUUGUCCUGACAGCAGAAACGUGAAAGAGCAAGUGGAACCCCACAGGUCUUUGGAGGCUGAGGCUAGGAACUGAUGCGCCGUAACUUCUGUUUCAGUCUGUUGACCAAAACAAACCACCUUAGAAAGUGGUGGGGAAAUACACUCUUUCUCUUCCUGGGAGAAACCACAAAGCCAGAUGGCAGGAAAGUGUGGUUGUAGGAAGGGGUGAAGAAUUGGGGUCUUUGAUGCAAUUUUCCACAUGCUCAUGGGCAGAUUGCUCUCAGCUUCCCUGUAGCGCUUAAACGUGUUAUAGAUAGAUGUAUCAGUUACCUGUUGCUUUGUAACAAACAACCCCAAAACUUAGUGGCUUUAAAACGUCAGCCAUUGUAUUUGCUCAUGAUGCCAUGGGUUGGCCAGGCAGGGCUCAACUGGGACGGCUCAGCUCUGCUCCGUGUGAUGUCAGCCCGGCUUGCUCACGUGGCUGCAGUUUGAAUUGAAGUCUCGAGCAUUCAUGGGACUGGCCCCUCGGCUGAGCCCAUGGGGACGUUAGCCCCUCUCUCUCUUAAGGAUCUUCCCAUGUCCAAGGCCCCCGUCUCCAGGUAAUUUCUCCAGCAGGGUAGCUGGACUGUUUUUACCUGGCCAUCUCCAGGUUCCAAGAGAAUGAAAUCCGAAGGCAGGGCCACUUGGAGCAAUGGCAUCACUUCUACUGCGUUCGGCUGGUCAGAGAACAUCGCAGGCUUAGCCCAGAUUCAGUGGGAGGAGAAAUAGACUCCAGCUCUUGACAAGAGGGGUGUCACAGACACACUGGCGUGUGGGGGGAGGGGUGUUCAGCCACAACAGGAGGAAGCUCACUGAGUACUUGUCGAAUGAGCAUUUGAACGAAUGAAAGAAGCAGAAGCAGAGUCUGCUUAUGAAGAAGACUCUAGGACAGGAUUCUGAUGCAACAUUCUCUACUUUCCAGUUAUCUUCAUAUCUGUCUGCAACCUCAGAUGACACAUUUCCCCAGAUCCGGUGGCAUCAAACCGCAGACUUCGGCUAUGUCCCCAACGCAAGGAUGCCCAGCACUUUCAUGGCGGUAGCAAUGGAUCUCUGUGACAGGAAGUCACCUUUUGGCAGCAUCCACCCUCGAGACAAACAGACGGUGGCCUACAGGCUGCACUUGGGGGCCCGGGCUGUGGCUUAUGGUGAGAAGUUGAUCUUUCAAGGACCUCUGCCUGAGAACCUGGAACUCUUGGCUGACAAGGGGCUGCUCAACCUCACAUAUUCGCUGGAAAUCCAGGUGCAGAGGCAGCACAAUAUAUUUGAGGUGAGAAGAAUAGUUGAAACAGUAGGUGUGCAUCCUGUGUGGGGAGUCAGGAUUUUCUCCACACUGAGGCCCAUCUCUUUAACUAUAACAAUUCUGUGAGGCAGAACUUGGUUUUUAUUUUUUUAAAUUUUUUUAUUUUUUAAAAA